UGCAUUAAUUAGUGUUUGUUUAGCACACAAUCAAUUGAUUAUCACAUAGUAUUCACACAAUACUAUCCAUUCAAUUGAAUGCUUCAAUAGUUGUCUGCAUUUCAAUGAAUUGAUUGUUUGAUUGAAAGUGAGAUUCAAAGCGAUUCGCGUUUGAGAGAUGAAAGUUCAGAAUAAGUUGAGGUCAUGUCUGGCCAUUGCCGUCGGCGGAAGCAUCACUUUUGCCGGAAUCAGUUUAUAUAAAGGCAACGAUAAGUUUUAUAGGGAAGCCGUUAUGCCAUUGAUUCACACUGUGAUGGACGCCGAGACGGCUCACACUCUGGCCAUAAAAGCGGCCAAAUUUGGAUUCGUUCCCCGACUCGAAGACGACUCCACUCUUAUACCACUUCUAAAAACAAGUUUAUGGGGUUUGGAGUUCAAGAAUCCGAUUGGUUUGGCCGCGGGUUUUGAUAAAGACGGACAGGCGGUCACCGGCUUAUCUAAAUUGGGCUUUGGUUUCAUUGAAAUUGGAUCCUGCACACCAGAGCCACAGCCGGGAAAUGAUAGGCCGCGAGUGUUUAGGUUAUUGGCCGACAGAGCCAUUAUUAAUAGGUAUGGAUUCAAUAGCGCCGGUCACGAGAGUCUUCAACAAAAUAUCCAAAAAUUAGCCAAAAAUAGUGAGAGAAUUAUAAUCGGUUUAAAUUUGGGCAAAAAUAAGUCGACUCAAGAUAUGGCCGACGAUUAUAUUAAAGGAUUGGUUAAGUUUUACGAUUGCGAAGCAAUUGAUUACUUAGUUCUCAACAUUUCGUCUCCAAAUACAUCCAAUUUAAGAGAUUUGCAGAAUAAGAGAGAACUCAAAGAUCUGAUUGAAAGAGUGAUCAAAGUUAGAAACGAACACAAGAUUUGUAAGCCUUUGUUAAUAAAGAUCGCGCCCGACCUGAACGACACCCAAUUGCGGGAUAUCAUUGAUUUGAUCAAUAAGUUUGCGACAAACAAAUGCAAAGCGGGUAUCGAUGGACUCAUUGUAUCCAAUACUACAGUCGGCAGACCUGAUAUUCUCAAGAGCGACGACAAACUGAUCGCAGAGACCGGAGGUCUUAGUGGCCUUCCAUUGAAGGACAAGUCAACCGAAAUGAUUAAAAGUGUAUAUAAGUUAACGGGAGGUAAGGUUCCUAUCAUUGGUGUCGGCGGUGUAUUCACUGGUAGCGACGCCUACGACAAGAUCAGUGCCGGCGCUUCACUCAUUCAAAUCUAUACAGCGCUCGCAUAUGAGGGACCACAAAUUGUGGCCAAAAUAAAACGAGAAUUAGCAGAGAUUGUGAGAUCAAAAGGUUUCGAUAAUAUCGUCGAAGCCGUCGGAAAAGAUCACAAAUGA